AUGGCGGAAAGAGAUAUUCCAAGUAGGAAUACUCGAGGUAGUCCUCAUGCUUAUGAUGGUCCUAGUUUCUCUUUGGGAUUUUCACAACAACAACUUCCAAUUGCAGGAGAAUCUGCUAAAAUUGCUGCUGAGAGAAGAAGCAAGAAGAUUCAUGACCCAUCAAGGAUGCGUCAACUUCCUCCAACUAAAGUUCCAAAACAGAGCAAGCCAAAAGAUGAUGUACCAGUAAAAAAAGGCUCUAAAGUUGCUCAACAAAAUAAGAGAAAAGUAACCAAGCCUUCUUUAGACGUUAAGGGUAAAAAUGUUGUUAAAGAUGUAGAUCUGGAAGAGGAUGAACAGGAAACUAAAUUCUAUGUUAGGAGUCAUUCUGAAGAGGCUCCAUCGAUGCAACGGUACACUAAUAUCGAGGUGUUCAAAGAUAUUCAGAGUAAGCUAACUGUUCCACAGUUAAAGAUCUUUUCCAAGACAAUAUUUGGGAAAUUUCUCGGAAUGCAGCACCUGGAGGUUCAAGCACAGAUAUUUAGGUGCUUCAUGGUAAGAGAGCUCAAGGAGAGCACUUCUGAUUGCUUUACAAUUGAUAUAAAUGGUACCGUAUUGAGAUUUACCAUGAGAGAAUUUGCCCUUAUGAGCGGGCUAAAUUGUGUAGCCGAUGAAGGUGAAUUUACAUACGAUGAGGAAGAAUCGAAUAGGAUUAUGAAUGUAUAUUUUGGUGGAACUAGGAGUAAAGUAAAAAGAUUGGAUGAGCCUAGGAAAACGAGUAUACCAAGGGUUCAUUUUGAAGUGGUUGAGGAUGGAAGGUAUGUAGAUUAUCCAUGGGGCAAAGAAGCUUUUAACGAGUUGAUUAGAAGCAUCAGCAAGAAGUAUUCUGCCACAACACAGUAUUAUUGGUUCCAUGGGAUGCCACUGGCUAUGCAAGUUUGGCUUUAUGAGUGUUGUUCAAGAGUUCCAUCGUAUCUCGCUAUUAAAUCCGGAAAUUCCAUUCCAAGAAUGUUGAAUUGGAGGUCCAUUGACAGUCAGCCAAAAUAUAAUAUUUUGAUGGAAGGCAUUUUUAGAGACGGCAAACAGUCGAGCUGUACAUUUGCAAAUACAAUCCCCACUAGCAGUGAGUUGGAGAGCCUCCAAUUGCCCGAUGUUGUUGUCUGUCGAGAUACUGUAGACAAAAAUGUCUUAGUUGAUGCCAAUGAAGGUACCCAAGUCACAGAUAUGCCAGUGGAUGACUUUGAUGAUUUCAGUACUACUCCCCCCCACCUUUCGAAGGGCAAACAGCAACAACGGACGAAUCAGACAGAUUCUCCACCUUCAAAGAGACGCAGACAACUUCCUACAACAGCUUCCACAUCUAAGAAACAACAAAUCCACACCGAACCACAGACAACUGUGAAGAAGAGUCACAAGGAUCAAAAGGUUGCUCAAAAGCCUAUUUUACAGAAGUCUGCUUCACCAAAGUCGAAUGAACAAAUGAAUAGACCCCAAAACACCAUAGUCCUACGUGAUGUCCCUACUAUAUCCAUGAAAGAGGAAAUGCAAUUGCUAAGGAAAUAUUUUCAAGUUUUCAAGGAAUCAGUCGUUGGUGAGUUCACAAGUGAGUUGUCAAAGCUUCGAACUUUCAUGGAUGACAACUUCAAGAAACUAUUUGAAGAAAUCAAGGUGAACAAUUCUGCGGACAAGGCUGCCGAUAGUGAUGCGCCGGAGCAUCAAACUAAUGCUGGGCUACAGUUAACGCCUGAAGAAAACUUACGUCAUGAUUCUACCAUUCAAACAUCUCCUCCCAAACAUGAUGAUUAG